UUUGAAAACUUUAUAAAUAAUAAUAAUAUUUUGAAAUGGUUUUUCCCUAGCUCACCAGUUACAGUCGAAGCUCACCAGUUACGCAAUCUGUAACACUGCUCCUACGCCCGAAUCGUACGAAAAUCGCCACCACCAUCAGUUAAUCAAAAUUUGAUGGAUAACAAUAAUUGGAGACCUAAUCACAGCAAUGAAGCUAAUAUGGAUACCAGUAGUUGGAGAGGUGGGUUGCAGCAAGAAUCACGCCAAAGAAUUGUCAACAAAAUAAUGGACACGUUAAAAAGACAUAUUCCUGUUUCUGGUCAAGAGGGAUUGCAUGAACUUCAGAAGAUUGCUCAAAGGUUUGAAGAGAAGAUGUUUACUGCUGCAACAAGCCAGUCUGAUUAUCUACGAAAAAUAUCUUUGAAGAUGCUUACCAUGGAGACUAAAUCCCAGGGCAGCAUGGCCAAUGCUCCAAAUCAAGGACCAGUACGAGUCUUAGAUGUGCAAACUAAGACGUUGCGAGGGAAGGACAUUCGCACAGUGAAGGUGCUAUGGGAUGAAACUACUCAGAAAAUGACUUGGGAACUAGAGGAGGUUAUGAAGAAGGAGUAUCCUUGUCUUUUUGAUGAUGUUGCAGAUGGUGCUGAGGCAGGGUAGAUUCGAGACGGGGGACAAACUUAAGAUUUUUAUUUAAAGUCAUUGCAUUUGAAUUUUAAAACAAUGUAUUUGAAGUUAUUUUAUUUUGUUUGGUUAUUUCCAUUAGAUAAGGGUUUUUGGAACAAUCAUGUUUUGAAUAAAUUAUAUUAUAUAUUUAAGUUUUUAAAUUUUCA